AUGUAUAACUUUACAAGAGAAAAUCUAUGGCUUUUAAUGCCUGAUGGUGUUCGUUUGUCAGCUACACUUUCUAUUCCUGUGCCGAAACAUAAUGAUGAAAAAUGUCCUAUUCUAUUCGAAUACAAACCUUAUAGAAAAGAUGACAAUUUCUUUAAUUUUGAUCAACCAAACAUUUUCUAUCUAGUACGACGAGGUUUCAUUGUAGCCAAAGUUGAUGUUCGUGGUACAGGUUCAUCAGAAGGUAUUCUUAUUGAACGUGAAUACACUACACAAGAAUUAGAUGAUUGUGAACAUGUUAUUGAACAACUUGCUGAUUAUUAUCGUUCGAAUGGUCGUGUAGGAAUGUACGGUUUGAGUUGGUCUACAUUUAAUUCUCUAAUGAUGGCUAUAUUGCGACGACUAACUGCUCUUAAAGCCGUUUUUUCUGCGCAUGCUUCUGAUGAUUUGUAUAAAAAUGAUAUUCAUUAUCCAGAUGGAAUUUUACAUCUUGAUCAUUAUAUUGUUUCAAUUGAUCAAACAAAUGCACUACCAGCUACACCUGAUUAUUCCAUCAAUGAAUAA